CAUGAGAGGAAGGGGGCGGGUGGAUUAUUUCAUUUGCCAUUUUGCCACAUGAUGCAGGGUCACAUGCAUUUCAAGUCACUUUUGCUGAUUUCCUCAUGACCAUGACUCAAACUCCAUUAAAAAUGUGUGACUUUAUUGCCCAAUCUUUCUUUGCAGGGGGACAAAGACAGCAAGCAGAUGUGAGAGACCUACAGUACAAGAGAGCGAUGACAUCAACAGGAGUUAUAAAGAUGAGCAGUGGAAGGGUUUUCAAGGUGCAACAUGGAGCCGGUGCGACUUGUGCGAGCUGUUUUGACUUUAGUUGUUAUUUUCACCAGUCUUUGUGGCGCCAACGUCGCAGCAGGGCACACGCUGAAAAUGGACCAAGCUCUCUUAAUGUUUUAUAACCAGCUGCCCCACGACGUGGAGGUCUUGUACACUUCAGAUUAUUGCUACAAGUGUGUGUACCAGCGUCUGAUCCAAGUGAAAGCCAACCACAAAAACGUAUCUGCAGUCAUCAGCACCAAGUUCACUCUGAGCAUGCGAGUAGAAUCGCACAAGGGCAUCAAAACUCUUUGCAGAUGGAGUGAGACAUAUGAGGAGGGCGGUCACUACUGCAUUUGGAUCGGAAAGUCAGUUAAUGGCAACAAUGUCUCCUGCAUUCACUUUGUGGAUAAAAGACCAAACAAUUCCUACAUGCCUAUCCUGGUUGCUGCUCUCUCCCUGUCUAUAACCGCUCUCCUAUUUGUUGUGACACCAUAUGCAUACAGAAAAUGGCGUACAUCGAAGUUUGUGAAGACCAUUUGCUGCAAAAUACCCCAGUACUCGCUUGAUGAAGUGCAUGCUGGGAACGACGAGAGCAGUGCCAGCAAAGUGAAACCAACCCGUCUGCGUUCACUGGACACAUUUCGAGGGUUUGCCCUCACAGUGAUGGUGUUUGUCAACUACGGUGGAGGAGGCUACUGGUUCUUUCAGCACGCACCAUGGAACGGUCUGACAGUGGCAGAUCUCGUCAUGCCAUGGUUUGUCUUUGCCAUCGGGACUUCGGUGGUGUUGGCGAUCCGAUCCAUGCAGAGGAGAGGCGUGGGCCGCCUGCAGCUGCUGCACAAGGUCACGUGGAGAACUCUGGUCCUGCUGAUGCUCGGCUUCUGCUUCCUCAACUACUCCCCGCGAGAUGGACCACUGUCCUGGUCCUGGCUCAGGAUCCCUGGUGUGCUACAGCGUCUGGCUUUCACCUACUUUUUCUUGGCUCUGCUGCAGACCCUAUGGGGAAACAAAGAGAAUGGACAAAGUGAAGGUCACUGGUGGUCCCCAGUCCAGGAUGUGGUGCUCUACAGGUCCCAAUGGCUCAUCAUCAUUCUCUUGGAGACGUUGUGGCUAUGCAUCACCUUCCUCCUGCCUGUACCCAACUGCCCCACAGGCUAUUUAGGAGCAGGUGGAAUUGGGGAUAAUGGCCUUUACCCAAACUGCACUGGAGGGGCGGCAGGGUACAUUGACAAGUGGAUGUUUGGUGACAACAUGUAUAGGUACCCCACGUGCAAAGAAAUGUACCGCUCCACACAACCAUUCGACCCAGAGGGUAUUCUCGGUACAAUCAACUCAAUUGUGAUGGGAUUUAUGGGGAUGCAGGCAGGGAAAAUUAUCAUUUUCUACAAGGGGAAGAAUGUUCAGAUCCUGUGCAGAUUCCUGGUGUGGGCCAUCGUACUGGGAAUCUCGGCAGCCAUCCUUUCUAAGUGCACGCGAGACGAAGGAUUUAUACCUGUCAAUAAAAACCUUUGGUCAUUGUCCUAUGUGACGUGUAUGGGCUGUUUCUCCUUCCUGUUGCUGGGAGGCGUGUACUUUAUCAGUGACGUAAAGGGAUGGUGGGGAGGCCAACCAUUCAUAUAUCCAGGGAUGAACUCCAUCUUCGUGUAUGUUGGACACUCGCUCCUGGGUUUUUACUUUCCGUUCAGCUGGGAGAUGCGCUUCCAGGAAAGCCACUGGGAGUGGCUCUUUCAAAGCCUGUGGGGAACGGCACUGUGGCUAAUUAUUGCUUACCUCCUCUACAGGAAGAAGUUUUUCCUCAAAAUUUGACCGAGUGUACAGGACCUGUCCCUACAUUCUAUAUACCAUUCUAGGCUUGUUUCAACUAUAACUGUCUCAUAAUACACAUUUUGAACUAUUACAAAUGUCUUUUUUGGAAAUGAUUUCAUUUGAGUAACAGCACUGAAAGGACUAAAAGUAACAGGAGUGAGUUUUUGGCAUACAAUUAGAAAAUACAUGCAAUAUAGCCACACUAGUUUAUACAAAAAUUGAUAACAUCACAGGAUUUUUUCAGGUAACAGGAUUUUUGUUCACGAGUGAGGGAAGAGUGGAUCGUGAGAUCGACAGCCGAAUCGGUGCGGCAUCUUCAGUAAUGCGGACGCUGUAUCGAUCCGUUGUGGUGAAGAAGGAGCUGAGCCGGAAGGCAAAGCUCUCAAUUUACCGGUCGAUCUACGUUCCCAUCCUCACCUAUGGUCAUGAGCUUUGGGUUAUGACCGAAAGGACAAGAUCACGGGUACAAGCGGCCGAAAUGAGUUUCCUCCGCCGGGUGGCAGGGCUCUCCCUUAGAGAUAGGGUGAGAAGCUCUGUCAUCCGGGGGGAGCUCAAAGUAAAGCCGCUGCUCCUCCACAUCGAGAGGAGCCAGAUGAGGUGGUUCGGGCAUCUGGUCAGGAUGCCACCCGAUCGCCUCCCUCGGGAGGUGUUUAGGGCACGUCCGACCGGUAGGAGGCCACGGGGAAGACCCAGGACACGUUGGGAAGACUAUGUCUCCCGGCUGGCCUGGGAACGCCUCGGGAUCCCCCGGGAGGAGCUGGACGAAGUGGCUGGGGAGAGGGAAGUCUGGGCUUCCCUGCUUAGGCUGCUGCCCCCGCGACCCGACCUCGGAUAAGCGGAAGAAGAUGGAUGGAUGGAUGGAUGGAUGGAUUUUUCCCCGCAAAUUGAAUCGACUCUAAUACACAGAAAAAUACAUGACAUAAUUUACUUCUGGCCUUCCGUAGUCUGCAGAGAUUUUGAAUGAUGCGACUUGUGGUAACAGGACUGAGUGUGUGUUUUUUAAAGAUAACAAACCUAAAGUAAAAUUUGGAAAAUCACUCAUAUAAAUAUUAACAAAUCCAUUUCUAAUGUACUGUAACAUAUUUCAUAUUAAAGUCUAAUUUUAGGUUUGUUGUUUUUUUUAUACAAAUGCUAUUUUACUAGAAUCAAAGU